AUGUCUCUCCCGUCGCCUCGCAAACGGUCGUCUUCAAAGACAUCACAGAAUUUCCACCCCGUAGCUAUUAAAGCUUCAGGAGGCCCCUCUAUCGAGAAAAGAAACUCCCCUCUUGUAAUGGAGAAAACAUCAUCUAAAGAGAGUCCCAAAUUGAAAAAAUACAUUCACGUAGCUAAAUUGGUAUCACCAGAGCAACCAAAUGAGUAUCUGAAGGUCUUGAAUAUUCCGGUGUAUCCAGAUACGUUGAAAAUAGGGCGUCAAAACACACCAAAGACAAGUAACAAAAUUACAGACGGAUUUUUUGACAGUCGAGUGCUUAGUAGGAACCAUGCAGAACUCUUUGUUAGAGAUGAUUCGUUGAUGAUUCGUGAUUUAAAGUCGUCAAAUGGUACGUUUAUUAAUGACACAAAACUGGAACCUUAUAAAGAAUAUCAAUUGCACAUUGGCGAUCAAAUCGAUUUAGGUACAACUUUAGAGAGCCAAAUGGCUCACAAAAAAAUUACGUGCAUUAUCAAGGAGUUUGAUUUUGUAACACUGAAACAAUUCUCAGACUUGGUAGAAGAAAUCAAUAAUAAAGAUGUAAUGAUUUCAAGGAAGUUGGAGCUGUUCAAUUCCACAUUUGAUGCACUAGUCUUUGGUGAAAUUGUGGAUGACGUUGUCAUUGACAAUAAGGAAGGUGGCUUGCUGGAAUUAAUUAGUGAAGAUAAUGAUGUUGGUGGGACUAUUAGCAACUACAAUAAUGGCAACAACCAAAGUAUACAUAAUAGCAGCAAGGGUAAUAAUAAUAAAGAUACCCAUUUAGAGAAAAACAUAAAAUACAUUCCCGGUGUUGAGUUAAGAAAUGGCUCGACAACAGAAAUGGUCAGAAGGCUGGUUGUUGCUGUGAACAAUGAAUAUAUCCAACAACAACGGUUGAGAGAGAUGAACUCUUUUCUUAAAAACUACAACAAUACAAUCGCAGGUUAUGAAAACAAUCACAUUUUCAAAAUCUAUGACAAGCUUCUCAGAUCUAAUGUCAGAGGAUCUCAGACUGUGGUAUCAGAGAAAGAUCGAAUGCGAUUAGAGGAUCAGCUAAAGAAAAUUAAUGCUGAAUUACACCAUGCACGUAGACAUUUGAGCACGGCUCAAGGUAAGGAGGAAGAAUAUAAGAAAUCACUUGCGAAUAAGGAGGAACUCGAAAGAGCACUAGCAACUGCACAGGAACGAGCAAAGCAGCUAGAGAAGGAGCUGGAGUCUGUGAAGGCUGCAAAUGGUGAACUGGAGAAACGUGUUGCUGUUCUGGAGAAGCAAGCCGAAAAGGAGAGGCUUGAAAACAUAGAAAUGCUAGAAAAAUGGAAGCAGAUGGAAUCUGAAAAGAAAGGAUUGUAUACCUAUGGAUGCAGCGCUGGUUUCGUAGGGCUAGUUGCGAUUGCUUUGUACUGGUAUGUCGGUAGACAUGACCUAAUGUAA